AGGGAGGAAGAGAGAGUGAGAUGCAAAAUGGAAGGUGAAAUACAGGGGAUGACAGAUGGAAACCGGAAGGAGAAGAGCGGGAAUACCAAAGGUUGCUUCCUGGAGGAGGGGAACCAGAUCUGGCCUUGGAAGAGGUCAGUUCAGGAGCAGGGAGAGUGGAGGGAGGUCAUUUCUGGUGGGAGGCAGUCAGGUGGGGCAGAAGCUACACCGGGCCAGACCUCUAUAGGCUCCCUUUCCCACCCCAUUUUCCCUCAAUAAGGGUUAGGAUCCUGCCGCAGCCUUGUGUCGCUGGACUCUGGGGAGGCCCAACCUACUGCAGUUCUGGACCUUGCCCAGGAAUUUCCUUUGAAAGGUGAACACAGGCCAAAGCACAAGCAGGCUGGCUCAGCUCAUCCCUAGAGAAACCUGCGCUUCCAUCUCUUCCUGAGGACCACCUGUCACCACAAAUAUCUGGAAGAUCUGGCCCAUGGAGAAGCAGGCACCCAAACGAGGAGAGUUCGUUUCUCUCAAACCUGCGACCCAUGGCUUGGAGAACACGGAGGCUGAGUUCUUGGAGAGCCUGGAGGAAGGCCGGCUCCCUGGCAGUGACUCCAGCCCCAUAGAGCACGAGGGCAGCUGGAGCAAAGCUGACCCGAAGUCCUUCUCUAGAUGGAGGAGCCUGCAGCCAGUCCUGAGAGCACGAAGCUUCUACAGGAAGCAUGCACAGUUGUUCCGAUGGAUCUAUAUAGGCCUGUUCUGUACUGCAUUUGCUGCCUUCCUGCUCAUUGCCUGCCUCCUGGAUUUCCGGAGGGCCCUGGCGCUGUUUGUCCUUGCCUGUGUGGUCUUUGUCUGCCUGGCCUGCAGGCUGCUGAAGAAGUUACUGGGGCCAAAACUGAGGAGGUGUGUGAAACUCCAGGACCAUCCCCGCCUCAUCCUGUGGUUUAAGAGAGGUCUAGCCCUUGCUGCUGUCUUGGCCUUGGUCUUGUGGCUGGCUCUAGACACCUUCCAGAGGCCUGAGCAGCUGGUGUCCUUUGCAGGAACCUGCGUGUUCAUCAUCCUACUCUUUGCCUGCUCGAAACAUCACGGUGCUGUGUCUUGGCGGACCGUGUCCUGGGGCCUUGGGCUGCAGUUUGUACUCGGACUCUUUGUCAUCAGAACAGAACCAGGAUUUGUAGCAUUCCAGUGGCUGGGCGAUCAGAUCCAGACCUUCCUGAGCUAUACUGAGGCCGGCUCCAGCUUCGUGUUUGGGGAGACUCUGGUCAAGAAUGUCUUUGCCUUUCAGGUUUUGCCCAUCAUUAUUUUCUUCAGCUGUGUCAUGUCAGUUCUCUACUAUCUAGGCCUAAUGCAGUGGGUAAUCUUGAAGAUUGCCUGGCUGAUGCAGGUCACCAUGGGAACCACAGCCACUGAGACCCUGAGUGUGGCAGGAAACAUCUUUGUGGGCCAGACUGAGGCUCCUCUACUGAUCCGGCCCUACUUGGCAGACAUGACGCUCUCUGAAGUCCAUGUGGUCAUGACUGGAGGCUUUGCCACCAUCGCGGGAAGCCUGCUGGGCGUCUACAUCUCCUUUGGGAUCGAUCCUGCGUCAUUAGUUGCUGCCUCUGUGAUGGCUGCCCCUUGUGCCUUGGCCCUCUCCAAGCUGAUGUACCCAGAGGUGGAGGAGUCCAAGUUCAAGAGUAAGGAAGGAGUGAAACUGAGCCACGGAGAGGCCCAAAACCUCGUGGAAGCAGCCAGCAGUGGGGCUGCCAUCUCAGUGAAGAUGAUUGCCAACAUCGCCUCCAACCUGAUUGCGUUUCUGUCUGUGCUGGCCUUUGUCAAUGCUGCCCUCUCCUGGCUGGGAGACAUGGUGGAGAUCCAAGGGCUCAGCUUCCAGCUCAUCUGCUCCUACAUCUUGAGGCCUAUGGCUUUCUUGAUGGGCGUUGCCUGGGAGGACUGCCCAGUGGUGGCUGAGCUGCUAGGAAUCAAGCUGUUUCUGAAUGAGUUUGUGGCAUAUCAGGAACUGUCCCAGUACAAGCAGCGCCGCCUGGCAGGGGUCGAGGAGUGGGUUGGUGCAAAGAAGCAAUGGAUCUCUGACAGAGCAGAAAUUCUCACGACCUACGCCCUCUGUGGAUUCGCCAACUUCACCUCUAUUGGGAUCAUGCUGGGAGGCCUGACCUCCCUGGUCCCCCAGCGGAAGAGUGACUUCUCUCAGGUUGUGCUCCGUGCGCUCUUCACGGGAGCCUGCGUGUCCCUGGUGAAUGCCUGCGUGGCAGGAAUCCUGUAUGUGCCCAGGGGGGCUGAGGUUGACUGUGUGUCCCUCCUGAAUAGCACCCUCAGCAGCAGCAGUUUUGAGGUGUACAAAUGCUGCCUCAAGGCCUUCCAAAACACCAGUCUGGAGUUCAGCCCAGUGGCGCUGGACAACUGCUGUCGAUUUUACAACCACACAAUCUGUACAUAGCGGGGACAAAACAUCCUUGGGGCCGUUCUUCCCAGGAAGCAUCAGUCCUCACCCUUCCCAUUCUAGGAAGCCACAGGGCUAGACCUGCCUCUGUCCCACAAUUGGGAGGGUGACAGAGCAAGUGGCAAGUGAGUGGGGACAUAAGAAAAUGGAGGAUACCUCCUACUCCUGAUCUCCUUUCCACUCCUGUUUCCUAGCUUCCCAAACUUGAGUUCUCAGAGUCACCUCUGCCUUCUCCUCUCUCGCCUCUACAUCUAACAGCACUAUGGACCUCUCUAUUGCUCUCUCCUUGGGGUCUCUAGUGUACACCUUCCCUUGUAUUAUCACAAGUGUGUCACACCCAAAGCCUCCUUCUCUCCCCUCUUCCCUCCCUGAGUGCCGGACUGUCUUUGUGUCGUCUUCUGCUAGAAGUUGUCUUCUGGAGACCCUUCCUCUUCUUUCAGAAUCCCACACUCCCUUCCCCAUGGCAUUUCCCAAAUUGGUGUCCUGUGGAACAUUGUCCCUUGGGGCAGUCAGAGGAUUUCAGGAUCCACCAGGUUUGGAAAUAAAGUUAGAUAGGGUUGGGGGUUUUGUUGUUUGUUUGUUUGUUUGUUUUUUACUGUGGACUUGUCCCCAAUUCAUAGGGAUAUUAUAUGUUUUCCAAACUUAUUUUAUCAUAAGAAUUUUUUUUUUGGUACUGGGGAUUAAAUCCAGGGGUACUUUACCCCAGCCUUUUAUUUGUUGUUGUUGUUGUUGCUGUUUUGAGACAGGUUGCUGAGGCUAGCCUUGAACUUGUGAUCCUCCUGUCUCAGCCUCCCAAGUAGCUGGGAUUUUAGGCAUGCAAUACAGUGCCCAGCGCAUAAAAACUUUUUUGAUGAGAGCAUCUCCUGUUUGAAGUUUCAUGGAAUACAUCUGGGGAAAUAUUGGUUAAUGCUCAAACUACUUUACCUUCUUGACUAGUAAAUGUUUACAAAGCCC